AUGAACUCGAUGAAGGAUUCCCUAAGUUUAGACCAUCAUCACCACCAUCACAUCUCUGGAGGCGUUAAACUGAUGUCGGCUCUUCACAUGGCCUCCAAACACGGUGUGGAUGGAAACACGGACACACAUAGUCCCGAGGCCGCAGAAAAAGAAAAAGCGCAGAGUAAAAAUGAGGACUUGUCCGAUGACCCGUCAAAGAAGAAGCGGCAGCGGAGACAGAGAACGCACUUCACCAGUCAGCAGCUGCAGGAGCUCGAGGCCACAUUCCAGCGCAACCGUUACCCGGACAUGAGCACGCGCGAGGAAAUCGCCGUCUGGACCAACCUGACGGAGGCGCGAGUCAGGGUCUGGUUCAAGAACCGUCGUGCCAAGUGGCGAAAGCGCGAGAGGAACCAGCAGGCCGAGUUGUGUAAAAACGGCUUCGGCGCGCAGUUUAACGGGUUGGUGCAGCCCUACGACGACGUCUACCCGAGCUAUACCUACAAUAACUGGGCGGCGGCAGCAAAGGGACUCGCACCGGCCUCCCUCUCAGCCAAAAGCUUUCCGUUCUUUAACUCGAUGAACUCGAUCAGCCCGCUGUCAUCGCAGGCCAUGUUUUCCGCCGGCCCUCCGCCUCCACCACCUCAUCCGCCUGCACCGAGCUCCAUCUCCUCCAUGAGUAUGAGUAUGAGCUCCGGAAUGGCCGUGCCCGCGUCGGGCCUUAACGGCCUCAACAACCUCAACAACCUCGGCAACGCGUCACUGAACUCCCCCGCCGCGGCGUGUCCUUACGCACCGCCGACCCCGCCCUACGUCUACCGGGAUACAUGCAACUCCAGCCUAGCCAGUCUUAGACUCAAAGCCAAGCAGCACUCUAGUUUCGGCUAUGCGGGGGUGCAGAACGCCGCCACGAACCUCAGUGCGUGCCAGUACGCAGUGGACAGACCAGUGUAGACAAAAACUGUCAUUAAACAAUACACAGAAUGAACAAAUACCAGGAUAUGGACUUUUUUCUUGAUUUUUUAAAACCUAAAACGAAUACGCACGGGAAAUUAUGAGCUCGGACUUGAUCUGUAUUAUUAUUGUUAUUAUUAUUUGUCUAAAGUAAAAGGGGCACUAGACGAUUCAUAUCAGAGGCUCGUCAUUUUCCAGAAAUAAAUUUCUCACCAGAAAACAUAUAUCACUCAGAUGGACAGUUAAACAAAACUGAAAAUGUCAUUUUUCUGCACACCGACCGGUGUGUAGUAUGUAGGAUAGACAAACCCUCCAUAAGCUUCAAUUUUUCUUCCUUCUGAACAUCAAGUGACUGAGCGGUUGUGUAAAUAAGUGUCUAAAUGUCAUCUCCUUGUUUGUGGAGGGUCCUGAGCCUUUAAUUUUAAAACACCGCAUGUGAUAAAAUGUCUUGCUUGCAAAAAGGGGAAUGUAUAGACCUUCUAAAAGGCACUUGUGGUGUAUUCCUGACACAUAAAUUCAUAAUUAAAUGUCUGUUGUGAAUAGGCCUAUACAUUUAGAAUAGAACCCCCUGGUCAUUCUACAAAAAUGUUUCUGCGAAUAGCCGAAUUGUUUUAUGUAUCUAUUCGGUACGAAACUUUUUUUCUUGCAA